AUGGCGAGUGCGGGAUGGACGGGCGCACGAGCCAAUGGGAGCACGGCGCCGCCGCCCCCGCCCGAGGUAGCCGCCAAUGGGGGCCGCGCGGCGAGUCCUCUCCGGGUGAUCCAGGGGCUGCAGCCCAGGCAGCACGUCCAAAGGACAGCCGCGGCGGGUCGGACGUCCGGAGCCCGCGGGUCCCCGGCCGAGGAGCUGGAGCUGGUGGAGAGCCUACUGAAGAGCAGACCAGAGGAGCCUGAGGGCUGCUGGGAGGCACGCAGCGUGGGGGCCGGAGGCCCACGGGGCAGCUCAGGCCGCCAGGAGCGCAGCCGGCUGCCCUGGGAGGACACGGCCACCAUCGAGGAGGAUGCAUCCAAGUUGACCGCCCUGCGGCUGCGGCUAGAUGAGUCCCAGAAGGUGCUGCUCAAGGAGCGAGAGGAUAAACUGGCACUGAGCAGGAACAUUGAGAAGCUGGAGGGGGAGCUGAGCCAGUGGAAGAUCAAGUAUGAGGAGCUGAACAAGACCAAGCAGGAGAUGCUCAAGCAGCUCAGCAUCCUGAAGGAGGCCCACCAGGACGAGCUGGGUCGCAUGUCUGAAGACCUGGAGGAUGAGCUCGGGGCGCGGUCCAGCAUGGACAGGAAGAUGGCAGAGCUGAGGGGUGAGAUGGAGCGGCUGCAGGCGGAGAACGCGGCCGAGUGGGGUCGCCGUGAGCGGCUGGAGACUGAGAAGCUGGGCCUGGAACGGGAGAACAAGAAGCUGCGGGUGCAGGUCGGGGAUCUGGAGGAGGCGCUGGCCCGCCGGCGGAGGCAGACAGCCAGCGCCCUGGACUGUGACCUGCGGACCAGCCAGGCUGCGCUUUUCGAGAAGAACAAGGAGUUGGCCGACCUGAAGCAUGUGCACGGCAAGCUGAAGAAGCAGUUUCAGGAGAAGGUGGCCGAGUUGGCACACGCCAACCGGCGGGUGGAGCAGCACGAAGCAGAGGUGAAGAAGCUGCGGCUGCGGGUGGAGGAGCUCAAGAAGGAGCUGGCCCAGGCUGAGGAUGAGCUGGACGAGGCCCACAACCAGGCACGGAAGCUGCAGCGGUCGCUGGACGAGCAGACAGAACUGAGCGAGAACCUACAAGUGCAGCUGGAGCAUCUGCAGUCCAGGCUCCGCAGGCAGCAGCAGAAUGCCCCCCUCUUCGGGAAGAUCCGAAGCGCUCGCUUCGGCGCCGAGGAGGCCGGGGACGGAGCCAGCGACCUGGAUGAGGACGAGGACCUGCAGAUCCAGGUGGCCUAGAGCUCCCAGGGCCGGACAGGACUGGCCUGUGGUCGCAGGCCCCUGGGUGCCCGGGCUGACCGGCUGCUCGGACCGACGAAGCUGCCUGUGCUCCCUGCCUCUGCCAGGGUGGGCGCCGGUGGCCCCACCCCAGCAACACCCUGUGGAAGGGAAGCCAUGGCCUAUGUAUACAUUAUAUGUGUAUAUUUUAUAUAUGUGCACGGGAUCCUUGGACCCAUUUGGUCUUAUAAACACAGGACCACUCCAAAGCCCAGUCUCAGCACCCCCAUCCACCCAGGACCUUCGUGCAGGGGCGAGGGGGAUGUCAAAGGGGACUGUGCGGGACCCAGGCUGCCUCUCUGGACCUUGGGGGUCAGGUGGAGCUGUUUACAGUACAAUGUGAUAAACCCAGUCUUUUGUAAUAAAUGGAGUUUGGGUUCUCGGG